AUGGCUCGAAAUUUUAUUUUUGUAUUCAUUUUAUUGGCUACGCUUACCAUUAUGAAUGCCAUUCCGUUUCAUAAAAGAGCGACUUUCUUUGGUCCAUGUCCUAACGUAGAAGAUACAUUCUCUGUAAAAAUGGACCCUGAUCCACUUUUUUCUCCACAUCUCGUAACUCUUACUAUUACCGGAAAAGAGGUGUCUGGUCUAAUUAUCGGCCCACUUGCCUCACUUGUUGUUACAAUAGGUGCUACAAUUCCAGUACAACCUCCCAGUGUAUUUCCUGUUUGUAAUGCAACUGAUUGUCCAAUUUUUUCUGGAACCGAGUAUACUACAACAAGCACAUUUCUACUAAACGCCACUUUACCUCCAUCAUAUGAAAUUGUAUUGACUAUUGGAAAUUUAAAUAGUAGUUCACCACAAAUGUUAUUUUUACAUGAUCAAAUCCUCGCUUGUGCAAUGACUACUAUUACGAGUUCUUAA